AUGCCAUGGUGUGGUCCCUGGGGAAGAUCAUCGGUGCCAACCCCACUCGAGAGGUUUGCACAGACCUUGCGGGACACAUGCGAAGAUGACAUUGUCGCAGAUACACCGCUGCUGUUCCCAAUGUACACGGUGCCUUUGGAGGACGUUUUGAAGAUGAGGGCGGUCCGUCCGCACGAAGAGCUAAAGGCUCAUGGGGUUCUCGUCAUGUAUGACGUUGGCUUGGGAAACGCUGCUUUCGUUUCACACCAAUGGAUCGGGGGCAGGCAUCCUGAUCCGCACUGCGAGCAGCUGCAGGUGCUCCAGGAUGCAUUAAGGCGUUUGAGGUCUGAGGUGCAGAUGGUGCAUCCAAGCUUUGUCACAGAGUUCACGCAGCCAGCUUGCAAGGGCCUGCCGACCAAGAAGCUUUUCUUGACGCCGCUGUUCUUGUGGUAUGAUUACUUCUCGUGUCCUCAGCACUCGCAACAUUCUCUUGAGUUGGCUAUCCGCAGCAUCCCAGAGUACAUUGCCCGUUGCACGUUCUUCUUCGCUCUUUGCCCAGUGAUCGCCGACCACACAUCGUCACGGUUGUUCACGCAGUAUACUUGGGCAGAGCGCGGUUGGUGCCGCAUGGAGAAAGCCUGCCGAGAGCUGUCCGUAGAUCACACUUGGAUACUCAUCCAGAGCUCCAAAGAUGUGAAUUUGGUGAACGAUCCCGCCACAACCCUCGGAGGGCCCGUAGGGGAAGGCCAAUUCACAGACAGCGAGGACCGUGCAAGGCUGGCACCAGUUCUGCUUAGUGCCCUCAAGCGCAAGUUGCUGGUCAGGCUGAAGGAUCAUGAUCUGGCUGGUUAUCGUGGGUUGCUGAAUCUCCAGCUGGUUCACAUGAGAGGCUUCCCUCGUUUCCAAGAGCUUGAGCUCAUAUCAAACUUUUCAAGUCCAGCAGGUUCAGGAUUGGAGGCCAGCUUCGAUGCAGUGCAGCCAUUCUUCCACCAGAAUGGCUUCGUAAGCAUCACGGAAGUGGACAGUGUGGGCUGGUCACCGUUGCACUAUGCCGCGAUCCGAGGGGAUGCAGCACUUAUUCAAGCCUUGCUAGACUUGCGGGCAGACCCUAAUGCCAAGACCAGGAGAGCAAAUCCAGUUACUGGAUUUCGCCGCAGUGAUACGGCCUUAAACAUGUGCCUCUUCCACAAACACAACGAUGCUGUGCGCACGCUUCUCGCUGGCCGGGCCAGGGUGGAUGACUACUUCCGAGGCUAUCCGGCAUGUGCUGCGGCCAUAGCCGACAAUGCAGAGGGUGUGCGACUUCUUUGCGAGGCUGGUGGGAAUCCUAGCCAGCCCUUCCUCGGCGUGGUCUAUCCCUUCACCCUCGCAUGCAUGUUUGGUGCAACGGCGGCGAUCGAUGAACUCGCGGCACGAGAUGCCGCUCACCUCCAAGACUGUCUUUCUUACGCCAUGAUUUUCCGUGGGGGUACGCCUGAAAUGGCCUUUCGGCUCAUUUCGAUGCGGGCGGAUGUGAACUACAGGUCCCACUUCCCGCUGCUGUCACCGCUCGGAGUCGUCUUUGCCUUGAAGUCUCUUGAGUACAGAUGCGGCAGGGUCACUCCCUUGACCAGGGUCGCAUAUCGAGCAAACGGACGGACACCACUGAUGAAUGCCAUCAUGGGUGCACAUUACGACGGGGCCGCCGCACUUCUUCUUUUAGGAGCACAGGUGGACCUGCGAGAUUCAGGCGGGGCCUCCGUCAUGGAUAUUGCAAGGGAACAGUCUGUUCCGGAUUUCGUGCAGAGGGGCUUCCAGAGGGAGCUGGAAGGUUGUCGGAGUGUGGUGCAACUGCAUAUGCUAGACAGCCUUGAGGAAUUGGUGGAGGAGGCUUUCUAA